CGUCACUGCUCGCGACUUCAAACAAUCUGUCUCUCUCCUUAUAUAAAGGCUGGGGACUUCGAAUGUAACGCUUCACACAACGUCCACUGCACCCGAAAGCUGAAAUUCAAACAGCUAGAAAUCGAGCAACAAAUUAUGCCUUCUCCUUUCGUGAAAGAGGAUCUUCCCACAACUUUGGAUUCUACUUCUCUUGAACCCCCUCCCCUCUUUGAUGGAACUACCAGGUUGUAUAUCGCUUACGUAUGCCCAUAUGCGCAACGUGUUUGGAUUGCAAGAAACUACAAGGGUCUACAAGACGAGAUAAAAUUGGUUGCCAUUGACCUUGGAAGCAAGCCUACAUGGUACAAAGAGAGAGUUUACCCAGAAAAUAAGGUGCCCUCAUUGGAGCACAACAACAAAGUCAUCGGAGAGAGUCUAGAUUUACUUAAAUAUCUCGAGGAUAACUUUGAAGGACCCAAACUUUUGCCUAAUGAUCAUUCCAAACAACAGUUUGCUGAAGAGUUGUUAGAGUACACUGACACAUUCAACAAAACCAUGUUUAGUUCUUUCAGAGGAGAUUCAGUGAAAGAAACUGGUAGUGCUUUUGAUUACUUGGAAACCGCUCUAAACAAAUUCGAGGAUGGUCAUUUUUUCCUUGGCCAAUUCAGUCUGGUGGAUAUAGCCUAUGGUCCCUUUAUUGGAUCUUUUCAACUCAUCUUUCAAGACGUGUGGAAGUAUGACAUCACGGCAGGACGACCUAAACUAGGCGCAUGGAUUGAAGAGAUGAACAAGAUUGAUGCUUACACGCAGACAAAGUAUGAUCCGGCAAAACUUGUUGAAACCUACAAGAAGCGCUUUUUGGGCCAAUAGUGGAUUUCCCAGAAGCUACUCCAGUAGCUGUUUAGAACUGUCAAUUAAAUAACUGGCUUAAUGCCGAUUAUCUAUGUUGUAUCUAUUUUAUAACUCAGGUGUUCCAAAGGUUAGGUUAGUCUCUAGUUCUUCCAUGUCCAUAAUACCCCCAUCGAUUGAGGAUUACAUGUGUUUGUUGUGUAGGUGUCCCACAGGUUGUGGUUAGAAUGUUUUUCUAGCUUACUAAGAUCAAGUCAUGUGUGUAUUGAGUCUAGGUACACUCCUAUCGACAACUCCUCUCUCGCAUGUGUGGGGCCCAUCCCACAAUUAAAUAUGUGGAGCCGACACAUAUGUGAGAGAGGAGUGGUUGGUAGAAGUGUACGUAGCAUUGCUUGUGUGUAUUUUUGUGAAAUGUUUUUGCAUAAUCAUACUUGUAUUUUGUUUUGUUUUCUAGUUUAAUAAGAUCAAGUCAAGUCCACUGUCCUUGGUGAGAGA